CCGAAAAGGGAAAUUGUGAAGGGAGGGAAAGAGGCGGACACCCGCGACCUCUCGGGUCACGAGGAAAGCCACUUCCCAGAAUCAAAAAGCCAAAACCACGCCGUUUUCUUCUAUUUCUAUGGUGGUGGUGGGAACGCCAAACCCUAAUUCUUAUGCAAUCCUCCUCCCCCUUCCGCCGUGGGCCGACACCCACAGCCGCUCUUCAAUAACCCUAAUUUCCCCAACAGCCCCAAUUUCUCCAAUAACCCACAUCGACACUCCCCACUGUUCUUCCCCAAACUUCCAUGGACUCGGAAAGGCUCACACUUUCCCGAGAGAAUCCUAGAAUCGCUUUUUCUCCGCACGCCUCCGCCGACGGAAAGGCCAUGCCCGGUACUGAGUUAGCUCAGAAGCCCCAACCUCCGACUCCGAUAGUCGACCGAUUCAGGGCUCUGCUCAAGCAGCGGGAGGAGGACCUGAGGGUUUCGCCCGACGACGAGGUGUCGCCGCCCAGCACUGAGGAAAUCGUCCACCUUUACGAGAUGGUGUUGUCGGAACUUAUCUUUAAUUCGAAGCCCAUCAUUACCGAUCUCACCAUCAUCGCCGGCGAGCAGAGAGACCAUGGAAAGGGCAUUGCCGACGCCAUCUGCGCCCGGAUUCUCGAGGUCCCGGUCGAGCAUAAACUGCCUUCACUUUAUCUUUUAGACAGUAUUGUCAAGAAUAUUGGCCGAGAAUAUGCAAAGUUUUUCUCUUCCCGUCUUCCUGAGGUCUUUUGCGAGGCAUACAGGCAAGUACACCCUAAUCAGCAUCCUGCCAUGCGGCACCUCUUUGGCACUUGGUCAGCAGUGUUUCCACCUUCAGUCCUUUGCAGGAUUGAAGAGCAACUGCAAUUUUCUCCGCAAGUAAACCACCAAUCAUCAGGAUUAGCACCUUUGAGGACUUCUGAAUCUCCUCGACCAACUCAUGGCAUCCAUGUCAAUCCAAAAUAUUUACGUCAGUUGGACAGCUCAACUGUGGAUGGUGUUGGACCCCAAAGAUUAAACUCAACAGGAAGUGUGAGUCAUUCGCCUUUUGCCAUGGGGUCCAAUCAGUUGCACCCAUCUUCAACUGCUAGGCUUGCAAGAUCAUCUUCGCCUUCAAAUAUUGGGCUUGAUAGGUCUUUGCCAUCAGCAGUUGAUGAAUAUGCAGCAGAACAGUCUCCAAAAAGGUUUGUUGAGAGGGCUUCUCCAUCUCAUUCUGUGUUUGAUUAUAGACUUGGUGGAGCAAUGGGUAAAGAUGAGGAGUCGAAUGAAUGGCGAAGAAAUCACUAUCUUGAUGGCAGUCAGAAGCGGUUUGAGACUUCUGCUGCAUAUAAUGGAGUUGAGCAUCAGAACCCAAGAGCUUUAAUUGACGCAUAUGGGAAAGACAGUGCGGAUAGAAGUUUAAACAAUAAGCCUCUGCUAGUUGGGCGGCUGGGCCUGAACGGUAUAGAUCGUAAGGCAACUCCAAUGUCAUGGCAGAAUACUGAAGAGGAAGAGUUUGAUUGGGAAGAUAUGGCCCCAAAUUUAGCAGACCAUGGUAGGGGUAACGAUUUCUUGGCCUCAACUGUAUCGCCUUCUAGAAGCUACAGGGCAAGCCGUGGAACACAAAAUGCAAGCUCCUUGGAGCCAGAUGUUAGGAGUACUUGGUCUAGUCAGGCACAUCCACCAUCAGCCAAACGGUCCUCUAUUAUAGCUGAAGAUCCAGUUCCCCCACUUGGUUUUGGUCAUGGAUCAUCGGGUGCUGUGUCUCGAUUUCAGUCUGAGACAAAUCAUAAUCUGAGUUCUCGCUACCCUCAAGACGCCUGGAAUAUGCCUUUGCAUCUCUCGCAGCCUUUGCAGAAUCCCCUUAAUGCCAAAGGAAGAGGAGGGAAUAUUCAGACACCCUUUGUGACAGGCGGUAUAUAUUCAGGUGGUGAGAAAAUGUCCGCCUUUAGUGACAAGCCUCGAGAUAUUGAUACACAACUUCAUGGGCCCAUUGCAUCAAGAAUGGGUUCCUCUAGUGUUGACUCCGUUACUGCUGACUCGAGAUCUGGGAUGCCAGUGUCAAUGGGUUUAAGGCCUCCAGUAAACGUGCAUAAUUCUCACCCUCCCCCUGUGCACUCAGUUUUUGCAAUGCAAAACCAGAGGAAUCUUUAUGGUUCAAUAAAUUAUAGCAAUACUGUAAAAAAUCAAAGCCCAUAUAAUCCUUUAUACAUGCCGGAGCAGCAGUUAGAUGGCUAUGAAAACAAGGAGUCGAGGUCAACAAAGUCAACUCAGAUGCCACAAUAUCGUCCCUUACAACCACAGUAUCGUCUACGUCAGGAGGCACGGGAGAAUAUUUUUCCACCUGCAGAAACUCAGGUGGCACCUUAUUUAGUGGUACCACCCUUAAAUCACGGAUACACUUUGCGAGGUCCCGUACCUCGUCAACAUUUGGGCAUACCGACCCCCUAUAACCCAAAUGGCACUUCGCAGUUCCCCUUGCCACCUCUACCACCGGGCCCCCCUCCUCCCUCGCAAGGCAUACUUUCUGUCCAAAACCCUGGUUCAGUUGUCUCUAGCAACCAGCCCGGGAAUGCAUAUUCUGGUUUGAUUAGUUCUCUCAUGGCUCAAGGUUUGAUCUCAUUGACAAAUCAAAGCCCUGUCCAGGAUUCUGUAGGAGUCGAGUUUAAUGCUGACCUUCUCAAGGUGCGUCAUGAAUCUGUAAUAAGUGCCCUAUAUGGUGAUCUCCCUAGACAAUGCACAACCUGUGGCCUUAGGUUCAAGUGCCAAGAAGAGCACAGUAGUCAUAUGGAUUGGCAUGUGACAAAGAAUCGUAUGUCUAAAAACCGCAAGCAGAAGCCCUCUCGCAAAUGGUUUGUAAAUACAAGCAUGUGGCUCACUGGUGCAGAGGCAUUGGGUACCGAGGCAGUCCCUGGAUUUUUGCCUGCUGAGACCAUAGUGGAAAAGAAGAGUGAUGAAGAAAUGGCUGUUCCUGCCGAUGAGGAUCAGAAUUCGUGUGCAUUAUGUGGAGAGACUUUUGAUGAAUUUUAUAGUGACGAGACAGAGGAAUGGAUGUAUAAAGAUGCUGUGUACUUGAAUGCACCUGACGGAGCAACAGGAGGCAUGGAUAGGUCACAGUUAGGUCCUAUUGUGCAUGCUAAAUGCAGAUCCGAGUCAAGUGUGGUCUCCCUUGAAGGUUUUGGACAAGAUCAAGGGGGAAUUAUUGAAGAGGGUAGUCAAAGAAAACGAUUGCGGAGUUAACAUAGUUAGAUCGACUUCCGAGUUCACUGUAACAUUAUGAGUUUCUUCUUUUUUAUGGUAUUCUCUCAACUUUUUUUUUUUCAUUGUUGGAGUAUGCAUCACAUUGGCUUUUUCAAGCCAGCUUGUAUAUGUAUGGUGGAAUUUGUACUCAUGCACAUUAUCUUGCAGCAAAAGGUUACAGCUUCUCUUGCCAUAUUGUUUACUGGCACUUUUACAUUUGCUGUCCAAACAUACCAGAAGGGGAUCAUAAAACCAAAAUCUAUCAUCCUUUCAGGCUUGAGUUUAGACCAUCUGUUAAAUUUGAUAAAAGUGGGAUGGGGUGGUUUGGUUUUUCGUUGUAGCAUGUUUCGAGAGAGUAGGGAGAACCGUUGGAUCAAAUUCUGUUAAUUGAGGGACUUCUGCAAUCCAUAUUUUGUGUAUGUUUGCUUGUACAUUCUGCAGGGGAGUGCUCAAUGGUAGUUCCUGUAAGCAAAAGACAUCCUCAAUGCUUCAUAGCUUGCUCUUCUCAGAAAAUCAAGUUAAUGGAAGCUAAUGUGUAAUCCAAGUGUGAAGAUGCUGAUGCCAUGUGUCAAAUUCGUUCUCCUUUUUCCUUUUGAGUUGGUUUUUAGAGUCGUUACAAAUUACAAUGUACACUGGAUCCUGAUGACUUUUCCGGAUAGCAAUUGUGAUGAAGUUACUGAACUUACCAAAUUAGUUUGUACUCUGGAUUCCCAUGAAAUUUUAAUAUAGUUCUGCUCA